AAUGUUUUGCAACAGAUGACAUGGCACUAGUGACAAGAAAGGGGGUAUACCCGUAUGAGUAUACGGAUGGGUGGGACAAAUUGGAGGAAGAUGCGUUACCGGAGAAAAAGGAUUUUUUUAGCACUUUAACUGAGACAGAGAUCGAGGAUGACGAAUAUGAUCACGCGUUGAAAGUGUGGGGACACUUUGGUUGUGAGACGCUUGGUCAAUAUUCGGAUCUCUACUUAAAAAUCGACGUAUUACUACUGACAGAUAUUUUUGAAAAUUUCCGCGAUCUUUGUAUGAGUACAUAUGGUCUGGAUCCUGCAUACUAUUUUACAGCCCCCGGGAUGACAUUUCAUUGUAUGCUGAAGAAAACUAACAUCAAAUUAGAACUACUAACUGAUUACAGCAUGCUUCUACUAUUCGAAAAAGGUAUACGAGGUGGUUUGGUACAGGCAAGUAUGCGGUAUGCAACGGCGAACAACGAGCAGGUCCCCGAUUAUGAUGAUACUAAACCUAAAUAAUGGUUGAUAUAUCAGGAUUGUAAUAAUUUAUAUGGUUAU